AUGUCUCUUCAAACCAAUUAUAAUCCUUUUAGGACCGACCGACCAGCCCCCGAAAAAACGCAGGCAUGUAAACUUAUUUACGAACGCAAGACCAGGACCGACCCCCAUUGGGGCGAUCACUUGUCGCUGACACGGGCAAUAUGUCAAUUAUCGCCUUUCGGGCAAUUACUUGUGCCGACAUGCAGCUACAGGGAUGCUUUUUUGUGUGUAGAGUCGUCGGAGGACGUAGGUAAACGGCUACCCGAUACUGACGAGCUCCAAAAGAGGGAAACAGGCCGUCUAUCGGUGCCGGUGAAGAGCACGCUUGAAUUUAAACAAAAGUGCGACGAACGUAGCGGCAAUUGUUUAAGUCGAGGCAGGCAAAAUAGGGAUAAAUUAGCGGCAGUGCUAGGCAACAUAAGCAACAAUCCGGUAAUUCGAGUUACACCCCCUCAAGUGUUGGAGCCAACCGCGGAGUGGCAAGUCAAGGUUAGCAUUUCUUGGGCGAUAGUAACGUUCACAGCCGCUAGAGACGCUAUUCGCGCACUGGGGGCGGGGCGAGGGAGUGGCGCCCCCGAAGCGCCCUCCCAUCGGGCCAACAAACUCUGCUCCCUCACGUGCGAACCCGCGUUCGGCCAGUUCGAGAGUAAAGAGAGUCAAGUGUUGUGUGUGGUGUGCAACCUGAUUUUUAUCGAUUUAACGUCGUCAUUGGAUAACAUAAACUUGACAGAUCUGUCGGACUGUCGGUGUUGUUGUGCGUUUGCGUGUGUAUGUGGACCUAAUGAACCCAAUAGCAAGACAAGAAGCAUAUUGUGCGCGACGAUGAGUUCCAGGGCGGGCAACGUUCUCAUUACAUUCGUCGGCGUGCACUGGAAUGUGUGUGUCGGGUCAAGUGCAAUGAGCAGUGGAGGGCCUCUGCCUCCCGUGCCCGAUCUAAUUCCAAUAUCGGCCCUGCGGAGGGCCUCGACCUCGUCCGCGUCCUCUUCGACGAAGAGAAGGCCAAAGCGGUGCCGGAGCAGCGGUGCCAGCAGCAGCAGCUGCAGCAGCAGAAGCUGCACAGCGAAGGAGGUUAUGGGAGAGCAGCGCUCCAGGCGGACGGCCAACAAACCCGCCGACUUGAUCGAUAGCGCAGGGUCACGUGGCUCGAGCGCCGCCCCACAGCCACCGCAGUCCCGGAAAAUAAGGUCCGAGCGUCACCGUAAAUCAGACAGACGACGCGAGCAUCGCAAACCCGCCAGGACGCAAUCCGGUAGUAGUAAACACAACAACAUCAACAAUAACAACAGCCAUAGCAGCAGCAGCCGCCGGUCCGCUUACAGUUCGACAUCCGAUAAAGUCUCGUCACCGGAGAGGCCCGCGAAUCCGCGUGUCAAUCCGAUUUUUGUUUUCAUCCGGCAAGUGGACACCCGAAUCGUGGACGUGAAAUGCGAAGAUUACGACAAAAGAAACCGCAUAGUCCUCACGAAGACGGCCCAGGGUUGGCGCGCGAUUCCCCGCACAGAGACGCUCGUGCCCACCCUAAAGGACCCGGCUGACGGUAACAACAAACCGCAGACGCACCACAAUCAUCACCAUCAUCAUCACCACAAAAGCAAAAAGUCCAAGAGGACGAAAUGCCGUAAGAGGUCAACGGCUGUUCAGGUGUCGGAAGUCGACGUGCAAACUUCCGAGCCGGAAGAGGAAGUCAAGGACAGGGAGUCGAUUGUCAAGGAGGAUCCCAAUUGGAUGGCCCCCGUUAAUAUCGAGUCUCUCUUGCCGUCCCACAAGAUCCUAGUUAAGAAGCCUGUCCUGGAUUUGUCUCCAGAUCUGGAAAUAUCUAAUAUAAACAGUGCCGUUUCGGAUAAUACGCAGACUCAGUCUAAGUGCAGUGCCGACCAAAUAAAUGACGUAAGUCCACUUGACAAUUUAUUAGCCGUAGCCGAGUUAGAAUUUAAUCAGCAAAUCCAAUCGGAUGAGUGGAACAGAAACGUCCAAAACGAUAUCCUGGAUAAUCAGCAGGACGAUAACGAAGAUUACGCCCUAAAAACAUUCGAGGAAUCGAUGGACGACACUUCAAAGCAAUACAUGGAACAACUGAACAAUCUAAUCGAAGCAUGCACCAGCAAAGUGGAAAAAUCAGAGGAAAAUGACUUUUUAGGUAACGUCGUCAAAAAAUCAGAGGAAUGUGAUUAUAACGACGAUGAAGAGAAUAACAUGGCGAUGGACGAUAUUCUUACAAGGCUGGAGCAAUCGUUAAGAAGUCCAGAAUGCACAGAAAUAAGCAAAAUGGCCAGUCUAGCGGAUGCUGCUGCGAAUGCCAAACCAGUGCCGACGGGCCAAAUGCAUUGCAUAGAAAGCGACAUCAACGAAAAUAACUACAAAUCCGUACCUGAACUCGAAUCAUUCUUCGAAGAUGAAUUAAAACCGGAGAUAUUGGAGUUAAAAGAAAACAAUGGUGAUAACGAAAAACAGGAAUCCGAAACCGAAGAACAGUCGAUGCCCGAAGAAGAACUUCCCACAGACCUGACGGUCAAAACUGUAACGAAGCCCCAAAUAUCAGUACGUUUUGACGAACCUACGGACUUGUCCGUGCCGAAAAAAUUAAUGUCGCCCCCACCCCUGCUGACGAUCCCGAGAUCGCCCUCUCAAAAUUCCGAAACCAUUCAAUCUCCACAGCCGAGCGGAAUUCCAGCCGUGCCGCAAUCGCCGGAUCUUGUCAGCCAGAGCUGCAGCGCGUCCAACAAAAAAGCGAUGUUCCUGGAAUCUUUGUUGACCACGAAUUCCAUAAACAUUCCGCUAAACUCCGAGGUAACAAUCAUCAGACAAAAAGAGCCCCUGGAUUUGGGCAAAAGCAGAAAAUCUGCCAGCCCGACAGUGACUUGUUCCGAAGAGGCCAACAACACAACCAUCGAGGCGGAAUGCAUGGAACCACCGGCCAAAAAGUUUAAGCCCGAAGAUAUAACACUAAAAAAUCUUUUGGACGCUGAAUCGGCGUCGGCGGAAAUUGCGAACAAUCGAGAUGGUAAACAUCCUGUUAUUCCCGAUACGCCUAGGCUUUUGGAGCUUCUUCAAAACGAUUCGGAACCUGAUCCAAUAACACAACUUAAACUAGUUCUUAGUGAUUCAACGAUCCACGUGCCAAACCCGAUAUUGAUUCCGAAGGAAAGAUUGGAUGCGAUAAUAUUGCAUCCCGGAAAAGAAAUACCAAAAUUAAUAAAGCAAAGACCGGAACUGAGGCUACCAGACGUUCUGACUCAUGAGCAUUUAAGUCAUAACCCGGAUAUUCUAGUUAUACAAUUAGAUCAACUGGAGGCGAUAGUAGCAAAGCAGUAUUAUUCCGAAAAAAUACGCAGUAGAAAAAAAUCCGUAGAAAAACAUAGUGUGGUUGAAAAGGAAAAAGUUCAAAAAACUGUAGAAGCAAGUAGACCCUCUCCACCUUUAAAAAAAACGAAACCCCAUGAAAAUGCCUCAAAGUCAUCCGAGUCGGAAAGUAAAGCAUCCAGCCUUAAUCUAAACGAACUAGCCAACGAUAUCGAUGCUGCCACAACGGCCGCGUUCAAUCAAAUCAUGUGGUUGCCGUAUUUAAAUCAGUUGGAGGCGAUGUCCUACGGAAAUUCGCAGCAGGACUUCAUGAAAAUGUUCAAUGGUUCGAUGCCGUUUUAUCCGGGUCAGAUGCACGAAAUGCCCAACAUGCAGAACAUGGUCAACAUGGCAAACAUGUCCAACAUGGCCAACAUGAAUAUGGCGAACAUGGCGAACAUGUUUAUGAACAACAACAACAGAUUUCCUUCUCCGUUGAACUUUCCCAUGCAACCACCUGUUAACUUCAACAACCCUUUGGAAAUGUCGAUGUGGCAGGAGGCGAUGAUGCAGGCGAACAUGCUCAGGCCCAAGAUGCCCUUCGAGGGUCUCAACCAAAAGCCCAAUCUCAGAGAAUACAUGGAGAAAAUGAAUCACGGCACCAAAAAGCAUUCGCAGUCCAACAGAUUCCAUCCGAGCGCUUCGAGCAAGCCUAGCGGAUUCUUUCCAGGGAACUCGAACGGUCAUCCGGGAUUUCAAAAUCAGUUUAUGAGCCUGCCGAGCCAAACAUCGCGGCACAACCUGCAGGUGCCUCACUUCAACCAAAUGGUGGCGCAGCAACAAAAAGCACUAGUCAGCCAGCAGCAAAAGCACGAUUACAAGAAAUCAAGCACAAACUUCAACACCUACUACUCGCAUCUGGCGCAAGAAAAGCAAAAAUACCAACAGCAGCAGCAGCAGCAGCAGCAGCAGGGCGGUCAAAACAACCAAAGGGGGAAGGUGUCGUGCAAGCCGUUCGCCAACACCGGCAGCAAGCCGGAAGCUUCCCGGCAAGCCGGCCAGCCGAUCGACCUGUCCGGUUCGACGGUUACCGGCAGCAGCAAGCUCAAGGUCAAGCAGCAUCUGGUCGACACGGCUAACGCGCCGCGACUCCUCAAGCACCACGACGACGUCCCGGAGGUGGGCAGCACGACGGCCAGCGUCGAGGACAUGCAGGAGGCGCACAAACACCUCUGGCAUCCCCUUUUCGGAAAGUAA